UUAUGAAAGUAAGUUAAGCGCAAAAUUUUUAAGGAAUUAAAAAAAUUAUUAAAUCAUAAUUAUUUAUUAACUGGAAAAUAUUUCAUUUGUUUUAAAAAAUGGCUUUAAAUGCUCCACCGCCCUUAGAAGUUGAACAAAUUCAAUUCAAAAUUCAUGAUAAGUUCCAAAUAUUUCAAUCAAGUAAUGUACUGAGGAAUAAUAUUAACUUACUAGCAACUUCUAGUACAAACGGUCUAGUAUUUAUUGGAAACCCUUAUAAAGGGGAAAUAGUUGUGACUCAAUUAAAAACACUAGUCGAAACAAGAGAUGGUGAUGGCAAAUUAUAUGCAAGAGUAAUUCAAAUUCCAGCGAAGCCAAACUGCAUUGCAACUAGUUGUGAUGGACAAUACCUUGCUGUAAAUUAUACAUUAAAUAACUGUGGAUUUUUGGCAAUUUAUAGCGUACCAUCAUUCUAUGAAGCUAACGUAACUCAAAGUUUUCAAAUUAGAAUAUCUCCAGAUGACAAUGUUGAAGUAAAUCAAAUUUUGUGGAAUCCCAUAAUUUCGCCAACUCUUGCAAUUGUAAUGAGUGAUGGUUCGGUUGGAAUGUAUAAUUUGAAAGAUAAUACGUAUGAGUUUCAUUCCCUUGACAAAUCACAACAAGUACUUUGUGGCUGUUGGAGUCCUAAAGGCAAGCAGAUUGCUUUUGGAUUUCGAGCAGGGAAAAUUGUUCAAUUUAAACCGGAUUUAAAACCAGCAAGAACUAUAGAAUGUCUUUCUGGUGUAGUAGAUGGUUCCUUUAAAACAAUAGCAGUGCAGUGGUUGUCAACUUACCAGUUUGCAGCAGCCUACUUGCAGGAUGGUGAUGAUAUGACUGCAAAUCUGUUCAUAGUUAAUGCUCCAAAAACAGGUCACCCAACUUAUAUAAAUUAUUAUGACAUCUGUUAUAGUACUAGUGGCCCGCGAAUUCCUCAAGUAUUUUUUAUGUAUGUUCAACCUUGGAAUAUGUUGCUAGUUGCUAAUUCGAAUAGUAUGGAAAUCGGUAUAUUGGGUACAUUAGAAAACGGUGAAGCACCUAAUUGGACUGAAUACAAUAUAAAUGACUCGUGUAGGUUGAGUCUUCCUAUGACAAAAGAUAAAUUGGAAACAUAUCCUAUAGGUUUUUGUUUGGAAACGGGGUCGAGUCAUCAAUUGAUCAUAGGGGAAAGUGAAAUACCUAUUAUGCCUAUGAUUCAUGUCUUGUCGACCCAUGGGCAGUUAAUAUCAUUUGAUUUUCUUAAUUUAUAUCCAAAUGCUCCAAGCAUAUGUAGUCCAUUCUCUCACAGCAAUGAACAACCUGGACUAAUACAUUUUAAGGAACUUUUACAAGAAGCAGACGAUGGCACUAAACUACAAAAUAUAUCCGAUGCAGCAAACACAAAUAAAACCUCAGAUAAUAACACCAAUUUUGAAACUGUGGCACAAACUCCUGCUGUGCAAACAAACUUUUUUACACAAUCACAACCAUCGCCUCAACCUGCAUUUUCACUUGGGGGAUCAGUUCAACCUUUAUUUGGCAGCAAUUUACCAUUAAAUAGCGGAACAUCUUUAUUUGGAAAUAGUGAAAUCAAAUUUGGGAACGGCAAUGUUUUGGGAAGCUUAAAUCAACAAACGCAACAAGCACAUGUUCCAAGUGGCUUGAUAGGCAAUCAGAGUAAAGCGCCUCCAUUAUUUGGAAGCGUGAAAUCAAUGCCCGUUAUGCCAAAUAUGGAAAGUAAUACAUUUGCUGUAACAUCCACAACAGAUAAAAUUUCCGAAAAUCCGGACAAAAAUAAACCUCUGUAUACAGUUCAACCUGUUUUUAUAACAUCUAAUUCUGAAAAACCAUUAGAAAACAUAAAUGAGACUAACAAAAUUCAAGAUAUAUCAGCAAUAAAUGAAAAGUCAAUCACAAAAGAUUCUUUGAACUAUGAUUAUAUACAAGAAAUGAUUCAAACUGAGAUUCAAUGCUUUGAAUUGGAACUGAAAGAGUUAUCUUUCAAAUCAAAAGAUAUUAAUAUUUCGAUAGGUAAUAUGGAAAAUAUAAAAAAUUAUACAAAAAGACUUGAGAAAUUUCAUGAAAUUAUAAAUAAAGAGAAGGAUAAUGAAACGGAAGCAGAAAUACAAGGACUAAGAAAUUCUAUUAAUGAAUGUUUUACAAUGAUAGCGGAAGUUAAAAGUAAAUUGGAGUUUUUCGAAAAUCCUCAGCUCUCGAAAAUGACGCUUGUUCCAUCGAAUGAUCAAGCAAGUAGGCGACAACUAGCGAGAUUAAAUAGUACUUUAGCAACCAAUAAAGCACACUUAAAAAUAAUCAAACAAAAAAUUGAUGCGAAUUGGUCAGAUUUUCAAGACUUAGUUCAAAGAAAUUCAAGUACAAAAAUGCAUAUUCCGAGUUUAGAAGGAAUAUAUCAGACAAUGACGAAACAAAAAAACAUUUUAGCGAAAGAAAGACAGAAAAUUGCGCACUUGAAAUCAAAAUUGAAUUUUCCUGGACAACAAUUUAAACAGUUUUCCAAUAAAAAGAAUGAUAUAAACCCCGAUUCUUUAGCUGAUUCAAUCUUAUCAUUAAAUUUAUCUGAACAAAUUUCGAAAGAAAAUUCAAAACUGAAUAACAAUAAACUUGAAACAAUUCGUACAGCCUUGCAAAACAGGAAAAUUAUAAAGAUCGUACCUCAACGUCCAGAUCGAUUACAAUCGGAAGUUAUUUUAAGGUCCAAAAUUAGAACUAAGGAAAUGAAUAAGAUGCAGUCUGAAAAAAAUUUUCCUAGUGCAACUUCACAAACAAGUUUUAUAAAAAAAACUGAAGACAGUGUUUUUCAAAACCCAACAACUCUUUCGAAAGAUACAGUUGUUUUAAAAAUGCAACCAGCAGAGAAUGUGUCCCAAAUAAAUUCUGCUUCAUUCAAUUCGAAAACUCAAAGUGUUUCAACACCAACUUUAUUUAAUUCAACUUUGAUAGGUGCAAAAUCUUUACCAAACAAUGUUGAUGGAGUUUCAUUUGGUAAUAUGGGACUUAGUUUAACAAAACCAAGUGUACUAACACCGGAAAAUAAAAAUUCUUCAACCAUUUCAAGUCUCCUACUUUCAAAAAGUCAGAAUCCUACCACUCCUAGUAAUUCAAGCGCAGCUAUAGCGAAACCAUUUGGAGGAGGGUCAGGAGUUUUUAGUUCUUCCUCUGGUAAUACUCCAAUUUUAUCCUUCGGAAAUAUGUCUAAUACAAUAGUACCUAGUCUGGCUUUUGGAAAUAUUCCUAAUAAAGGUAGUUUCACUCCUGUAAGCUCGGUCCAACCUUUUAAUACUAAUACUUCUGGUUUAACGUUUAAUGUUAAGACGACCAAUGUUUCGCAAAGCACAGUAAAAGCUCAAGUACCAACUGUACAAAAUAAUACGAUCUCUAAACCAGCAUUAGUAUUUUCACAGAAUACAAGCUCAGAUAGUUCGCAACCUGAAAAUGUAUCAUCACUUGCGUCAAAUACUGAUUCAAAUAAGAAUUUAGAUACGCAAAUUCAAUCUGAAAAACAAAUUUCAACUGAUUCAUUUUUGGAAAACCUUAGCAUUUGCAAACCAACUGCAAAAACCUCAACGACACCUCAAAAUAUUAAUAUUUUUGGUAGUGGUGUUUUUACAUUAAACCCUCAAAAUAGUAAUCAAAGCGUUACGAUUUCUGAAACAAAAACUAAUUUUUUAAAUACGUUUUCUUCUACAUCAAAAUCUACACUAUUUGGUACAACCCCUAUAUCUUUCAAUACUUCUUCAGCCCAAAUACCUUUCGUUUUUGCGCAGCCUACAAUUAGUUCGACAGCAAAUAUGGAAUCAAUAGGCAACAAAUCCUCAUCCAGUUUAACUACGAUAUCAGAAACGACAAAACCUUUGUUUAAUAUUUCGAAGUCUCCUUCGAUUUUGUCAUUCGGAUCAACGCAAACUUCUGCGACUGCUCAAGUUGAGGCUCCAAUAGCUAUAAAAAGUGAUCCACCAGCAACAAAUACACGACUAAUAUCAAAUGACGUACCACAGCACGGAGAAUCAGUUGAGAAACCUACAACAAAUACUGCAAUAUCUCCUGUAAAUCUAACAUUGGACUCAAUAUCUUCGAAAAUUUCCGAAACUUCUUUUGGAAAGGAAAAAAUCUCUGAAUCCUCAGAAUCAGAAAAAAAACCCGUGAGUGCUACUGUGUCUUUUGGUACCACUAAUAUUUCGACAGCGUCUGCAGUUGCAUUGCCUUCAGUUGUUUCAACUUCUACGACUACUGUUGCAUUUCCUAACUCCUCAGUAGCACCAGCUUCUUCAACUAACUUCUCCUUUACUUUUGAUUCACUUGAAAACUUAUCGACUACUACUGCCGCAAACAUUAGCGAUCAAGCUGCAGCUGUUGCUCCUAGAGGGAGCAUUACUUUUGGUACUGCACCACCAUCAGCGGGAAAUCAAUUUUCUACCAAUACGUCUAUUUCGCAACCGAAUCAAAACUUUAAUGUUGUUUCUGCAGUGAGCUCUGCAAAUAUUUCUCAAUCAACCGCUGGAACUGCAACGAAUACAAUUUUUGGAGGUAUCCCUAAACCAGAUCAAUCAGUUUUUAGUCAACCAAGUUCAUUUGGCAAUAUUUUCUCGCAAACUGCUCCAACCGCUCAAUUUGGGCAGAAAAACUCACCAUCGAUUUUCGGGGGAAGUAGCUCUCUUGGGGCUGGUCAAAAAACUUCUGCAUUCGGAAGUUCUACAACGCAAAAUUUAAACACAGGUUUUACGAAUACAGCAGAACAAAAGACAGACAAUACUCAAAAUAUAUUUGGUUCACCAAGUAACACGGCAACAAAUAGUGGGUCAAUUUUCAGUCGUUCACCAUUUAGUUUAAAUUCAAAUACUGUCGAUCAAGAAAAUGCUACAACUAUUUUUGGAAAUUCACCAUCUGGAAAUUUGGCUUUUGGUGGUGGGAGUGGCGGUUUCAUUUUUGGUGGAAGUUCAUCUAAUGCUAAUCAGGCCGCCUCAACAUCACCCUUUACUGGUGGUGGAUCGUUUUCCAGUGGUGCUGCAGGCAACACAACUGCUUUUGAAGGUUUCGGAACAAAUCAGUCAGGUAUACCAUUUGGUCAACCAGGGAGUUCCUCAUCGCAAUCGCAAACUUCAUUUGCAUCACCUAAUUCAACUUUGCAAAAGCCAACAUUUGGCGGACCUCCAACGUUUGGAAGCCCUCCAACUUUUGGAAAUUCACCAACUUUUGGGGGAAAUGCAAUGUUUGGAAGUGGAGUUAAAGGUUUUGGAAAUUUUUCAACCCCUACGAACUCGAAUCAAACUGGUAGUAUAUUUGGAUCUCCUACCCAAAAAAGUGAAUAUUUUGAAGCUCUAGGUUCUUCAAAUGAUGGGCUUUCUUUUGGAAAUUUGGCUCAAAAUGCAAAUACCAAUUCAACUAAACCAAAUUUUGUAGCCGGAUCUUCCUUCUCAAGUUGGCGCUAAUUCUUUCUUGUAAGGAAUAAAUAAGAAUAAACAAGAAUGGUUAAUAAAAUUACUUUUGAAAUGAUUAAAAAUCAGAUGAAAAAUUAAAAAAAUUAAA